ACAGAGUUACCAGCCUUAGACCAUUUAGAUGAUGACGAUGAUGAUUCCAUUUUCGGAAUCCUCAAUGUCUACCAGCGGUCAUCUUUACAUACAAGCCAUUCAGCAAAGUUGGAUGACAAGCAAGUUUCAACGAAGAACACUUCCCACAUACAAACAAAGGACAUUACAACAGCAUCUUCUAAGAAAUCAAAGUCACACGUACAGCUAGGAGCUGCUGACAUGCUAUGUCGUAAAAUGUUAAGAUAUUUGUCGUGUGGCGGGGAUCCUAAAGAAAAAUAUACACCAAUCAAGCUGUUAGGCUCCGGAUCUUUUGGUCACGUGAUUCUGGCCAGGGCAAACCUGUUCUCGUGCAAGGUAGCUAUUAAGGUUAUGGAGGUAGAAAAGCAAGCUUUUACAAUGCUUGUCAACGAGAUCACCAUAAUGAAGAAAAUCAAUCAUGAGAAUGUAGUAAUGGCCUUAGAUGCCAUCUAUGUGGAAGCGGUGAACAAGUUCUGGUUAGUUAUGGAGUACGUACAAGGAUGUACACUGAAAAAGAUUACGAAAAGCGUCUCUUUGAAGGAGGAACAUAUUUGUUACAUAUCUAAGCAGUUCGUGAAAGGUUUGGAUUAUUUACACGGCGAGAACAUGGUGCACAGGGAUCUGAAGAGCAGCAAUAUUAUGGUGGAUAUCUUUGGAAUUGUUAAAAUUGCCGACUUUGGUACCAGUUUUAUCUAUGAUCAGGAUGACAAGAAAAAUGAUAGGGUUGGCACACCUCGAUGGAUGGCACCGGAAGUUGUAACAAGGAAACCGUACGAUUUUUAAAUCGACAUAUGGAGCUUGGGAAUCACCUUGAUUGAAAUGAUUGACGGGGAAGCACCCUACAUAAAUGAGGAACCAAACCAGAUAUUUAAACUUAUUGCAAGAAACGAAGGACCAAGUAUACAGAAGUAUGAACAACUAUCUGACGAACUGAAAUCUUUCCU